CUUACUUUCUCUCUGAAAUCAUUCCAUUAUAUCUAUAUUUGUAUUUAUUUUCAUUUUUAACUACACCAUACAGUAUCUUUGAAAGUUUAGUUGCAAUAGUAAGUAUAACCUAUACUUUUCCGAUGGUUUUUUCCACCAUAUCUCCACCAUCAACCACCACAUAAAAAUCCUAAUUAUUUCAUUUUUAAUUUCUUUUUUUUUCUAGAAUUUAAUUAUUUCUUUUUUUUACUUCACAUGGGGUUACUUUAAUUGGUUUAUAAGACUUAUUAUUAGUUCAAGAUUUAAGAUCUGAACCAAAUUUAGGGAUCAAGAAUUGUUUUUCCUGACAUGGGUUUGCUUUAUUUCCUCUAGUCUAUGCACAUAAGAAUGUUGCAACUGUAAUUCUUCGUGAGAUUCCUAUAGCGUUCUUGGUGGAAAUUGGGCUAAAAUUCUGGAUUUUGAGAUGGAGCCAAAUGUAGAGGAAGCGUUACAAGCUAAAGCAAAUGCUGAAAGGAAAUUUGCGGAGAGAGACUUUUUGAGUGCAAAAAAUUAUGCGUUAAGGGCUCAGAUGCUGUGUCCUAAUUUAGAUGGCAUAUCACAAAUGGUAGCGACAUUUGGUGUUCAUAGUGCUGCGGAGAUGAAGGUUAAUGGAGAAUUUGAUUUCUACACGAUACUGGGUAUGGAUCCAUCUGCAAACAGGGCUAAGCUGAAGAAACAAUAUAAGAGGAUGGCUGUGUUACUCCAUCCCGAUAAGAACAAAAAUGUAGGAGCUGAUGGUGCAUUUAGGCUUGUUUCUGAAGCAUGGACUGUAUUGUCUGAUCGUGCUAAAAGAAGCUCGUAUGAUCAGAGGAGAAAUUUAUUUACUCUGCAUACUACUUCUGGUGUUGUUGGCAACUAUGCUAAUUACUCCAACUCUCCUGCUCCUCCUCAUGGUCAUGGAAGGCUCGAUACAUUUUGGACUGUUUGUACGUCUUGUCAGGUUCAGUAUGAAUAUCAUAGGAAAUAUGUGAACAAAAGACUGUCUUGUAAGAACUGUCGUGGCGUUUUUAUAGCUGUUGAAACUGGAUUGGCACCAGUAAAUGGUUCCUAUGCAUUUAGCCCUUGGCCUUAUGUGCCUGAAAACGGAUAUAAAAGCGGCCAUGGUUGUGGGGUUACAUAUGUUCCAACAUCAUCACCUGCUUAUCCUGCAAAUAAUCGGGUCCCAUCAGGACAUCAUGGUUCAGAGCAUUUAUCCUUUCAGUGGAGCUCCUUCCCUGGAACUUCUGAUCCGAAUGGGUCAUCCACUGGCUUCAGUUUUACCCAGCAGGCAAAUACGAAAGCGUCUGGAAGAAAAGCCAAUGGAACAAAAAUGGUUGCUGAUGGGUCUGAGGGUAGUGCUCAACUGCCCCGUAGGCCUGGUAGGCCGCCUAAGAAGAGAAAAAUUGAUAUGGAGAUCAGUCCAAGUGGUUAUAGUAAUGGUGAAGUGGCUUCAAAAGCUGCUGGAGAAGUCAUAAUGGCAGAUGGAAAUGGGAACGAGAAUUUGAAAAGAAAUGCUAAGCUUCCUACUCCCGAAGUUCCAGUCAGACGAUGGCCUAUGGCUCCUGCAUUUGAUGCAAGACCGUUGUUAAUUGACAAGGCAAGAACAGAUAUCCGCAAGAAACUGGAAGAGAUCAGGUUGGCAGAGGCCGAGAAAAAGAGAAAGGCGGCACAUGCUGCUCAAUUUGGUGAAUCUAGUGAAAGACCUAAAAGAGAAGGUCUGGCUGUUUCUUCUCCUCAAUCAACUAGGUCGAUGACUAUGACAGUCCCGGACUCUGACUUCCAUGAUUUUGACAAGGAUAGAUCGGAGGAUUGCUUCAAGCCGAAGCAGAUAUGGGCUUUAUAUGAUGAGGAAGAUGGUAUGCCUCGUUUGUAUUGUCUCAUCCGCCAAGUUAUCUCUGUGCAGCCAUUCAAGAUUCAUAUCAGCUACUUAAGUUCAAAAACAGAUAGUGAAUUUGGCCUUGUCAAUUGGUUGGAUUCUGGUUUUACUAAAUCAUGCGGAAAGUUUAGGGCCUUUAACUCUGAAAUUAUUGAGCAAGUUAACAUAUUUUCUCAUCUUCUAAGUAGGGAGAAGGCUGGUAGAGGAGGGUGCGUUCAGAUCUACCCGAAAAGUGGAGACAUUUGGGCCAUAUACCGAAAUUGGUCCCCAGAUUGGAACAGGAAAACUGCAGAUGAAGUAAGGCACCAGUAUGAAAUGGUGGAGGUACUUGGUGAUUAUACUGAAGACUUUGGCGUUUGUGUUGCUCCUUUGGUUAAAUUAGAUGGAUUUAAGACAGUAUACCGACGGAAUACGAACCAGGAUGCCAUAAGGAAGAUUCCAAGAAGAGAGAUGUUGCGAUUUUCACAUCAGGUGCCAUCGUGUUUACUGAAAAGAGAUGCAAUGAACUUGCCCGAGGGGUGCUGGGAGCUUGACCCUGCUGCUACUCCAGAUGAUUUGCUUCAAGGGGUAAGUGACGUACAGGAGGAAAAAAGGCCUAUUCAAGCUGAAAGAUCUUCGGGAAUUGAUCUUGAUGAGACAUCUCAGGCUGAAACCAGAAUAUUGGUCGAACAAGAUCUUAGACAACGAGAGUACUCUGCUGUUGCUGACAUGUUCGAUGUGGCUACUACACCUGGCUUGCAGAUUCAAGAAAGCUCGAAUGAACAGAAAAUCCUGUUCAGACCUUCAACCGAGAUUCCUCAAUCUGUAAGGCAAAUUCAUACUUUGGAGGAACCGAGCAAAGUGGACAAUCACGGUGCUACACCAGGUGAGCAACUCUGGGCUGUGAUGAAUGAAUAGGUUAAGGAAAGGCCAAGAGAAAUAGGUUCAGAGGUCCUCCUUUUUUUCAUAAUCGUUCUAACAGUAUUGAGAUUCAGAUUGUAUAGAAUUAUACACACAGCGCGAAGGAUGAUUCUCAAAAUAUUAGAUAGCUGGCAGGAUCGGAAGUGAUCCGUAACCUUGUUGUACUCAAUUGUUUUAGGUUGCUAUAGGUUAAUGAGCGACUUGUACUGAUAAUUCUGAUUCAUAUCCUUUACAGAAGUUUUCCGAUUCA